CUGCUGUUGAUGUCAGACCUGAAAACACAGGAACAGCUGUGUCUCUCUACAUGGCGUCAACACUGAGGUAAUUUCCGCUUGGGCUUUCCGAGGUGAUAUUUGAAUCUCUCCUCUCCAGACCAGCGUGGGGGGGAGCAGGGCGGUAACAUGGCAGACCUGAGUCCCGGGGCGGUGGAUGGUGGCGGCAGAGCGGAGCAUCAAGCGGCCAUCAACAGCAUGCUGCAGGAGAGGAUGAGUACUGACAUCAGCGCUCUGAAGAAACAGUACUCGCGUAUCAAGAGACAUCAGCAACAACAGGCCAGGCAGCUGUACAUACACACAGAUAGAUGUCCAGCCACCAGCGUGUUAGCAUCUCAGCUACAUCCUUCUCCUGUCGUCAACCACCUGUUGCUAGGCAGGAAGCCCAGGAACAGCCUGAAACACCCUCCCUCCUCUCCGUCCAGCCUGCGAGGUGUCCCCCUGCCUCAGGCACAGUCCAGCCCUGCCACCCCUGGCCCCGCCCCUAACCCCACCCCUGGCCCCGCCCCUAACCCCACCCCUAGCGGGGAGAGGGGGAGGAACAGACUGGUAUCUCAGGCUGAAGACUGUCAGAGCAGGGUGGGGUCCCCCUGGCGUGCCCACGUACGUGCCCACCGCAGGAACAUAGCCCGGGCACGGGUUCAGCUAGGGUUUGGAGACAUGGAGGACAGACACCCUCAUCAGACGGAGGAGGACAGACACCCUCAUCAGACGGAGGAGGACAGACACCCUCAUCAGACGGAGGAGGGCAGACACCCUCAUCAGACGGAGGAGGGCAGACACCCUCAUCAGACGGAGGAGGGCAGACACCCUCAUCAGACGGAGGAGGGCAGACACCCUCAUCAGACGGAGGAGGGCAGACACCCUCAUCAGACGGAGGAGGGCAGACACCCUCAUCAGACGGAGGAGGGCAGACACCCUCAUCAGACGGAGGAGGGCAGACACCCUCAUCAGACGGAGGAGGGCAGACACCCUCAUCAGACGGAGGAGGGCAGACACCCUCAUCAGACGGAGGAGGGCAGACACCCUCAUCAGACGGAGGAGGGCAGACACCCUCAUCAGACGGAGGAGAGAGAAGGAGUGGGUGAGGGAAAGGCUGAUGAUGAUGAGGGAAGUCACCUCCCUGUGUCUCCUGCCCAGGCCUCCAGUAAGGAGGUGCCAGCUGUGGUGGAAGAGGAGGAGCACCUGUUGUCUCUAGAGCUGGACUCUGGAUCAGAACUAAACCAGACCCCACCUCCACUACCCUCCUCUCCUAGAGAGACUGACCCAGACACACUACCCUGCUCUCCUAGAGAGACUGACCCAGACACACUACCCUGCUCUCCUAGAGAGACUGACCCAAACACACUACCCUGCUCUCCUAGAGGGACUGACCCAGACACACUACCCUGCUCUCCUACAGAGACUGACCCAGACACACUACCCUGCUCUCCUAGAGAGACUGACCCAGACACACUACCCUCCUCUCCCACCAUCCCAGAGCUGCCUGUCCUGCCUCCUCUUCCUCGACCACCCUCAUCACACCACCACCACCAUCAACAGUCUGACCCUUCAAUCUCCUCUCAGAACAUCUACUGUGUGAGACUCUCUCCUGGUAGCCCUGUUACCCUCUCUAACCCCCCUCCCCCUGUUACCCUCACUAACCCCCUCCCCCUGUUACCCUCACUAACCCCCUCCCCCUGUUACCCUCACUAACCCCCUCCCCCUACUCCCUCUCUAACCCCCCU